CUUGAACUAGAGAAGAGAGCAAAAAGAAGAGAGAUGGGUGAGCCAAAGGUAGAAUUCAGGGACAUGUCAAGAAUUCCUAAAGUUCGAGAGGGAUUCUACGCGACGAACAAUCAGUUUCAGAAAGCGGGUCCAAAGGGUUUCAUUGAAGUGAAGGUUCUGGAGAACGACAAUCUCUAUGUGCGUGUCGACUUGCCUGGUGUUCCAGACGACGCCGUUCACCACAGAGUUGACGCCGUUAGACAAAAGGUUGUCUUUUUCUCCGGCGAGACUCUCAAUCCCAAGGAAGGCGGCAUUCGUGAGUACUCUGGAACCGCUGGUCUUGGCUGUGACUGCUGCGAGAUCACAGGCGUUGUCGAUGCCAAAAUGAAAGAUGGAGUCUUGAGGAUGAUUCUCUCAAGGGUCAAGGUGAACAAAGAUCAACACAACAACAAGUGUACUCUCACUGUGCCUCCUUUCACAGGUCAAUCCGGAAUACGCUUGGAGGAUCAUCCGUGUCUGGUGAAUGGUCGCAAGGGAGCAUUAUUUGGGAAGGCAACAGCGGGAGGAGGGGCUUUCUUUGCAGUGGACUUGCCAGGUGUUACUCCGGAUGAUGUAGAAGUGUCUGCUAAUGAAAAUGAAAUCAGAUUCAGAGCUGAGAUCAAGAACGUGUAUGAGCACGAUGAGAGUAGUCGAACCUAUCUCGGAAGCGUCCAGAGUCCUUUUCCCUCUUUAAUUUCGAACAACACCAUCGCUUGGGAUGCAGAAUUUGGUGUUCUCAGGAUUGCUGUCGUAACUCCUGACGACAUGACCAUCAUCAACAACAAAAGAAGCCCUAUUGAAUGAUCGAUAUAUCUCUACCUCUCUUGUACUCUACUAUAUAUUUUCGUUUUGGGACUUGUUACUUUGAUUAGUUUUUCUCUGUUUAAGUUGAGACAUUGGUGUGAGAGAGAGUAGUCCUGCUUUUGUUUUUGCUAUGGGAAUCAAGUGAUAUGUGUUAU